GCCUCUGUCUGAUAUUUUUACGAAGAAAUUCUAUAGACCCAAAAACCCAAAAUAGAGAGGAAGAUGAGUUUUUUUCUUCUUAUAGAACAAAUUUAAGAACUUUGAUGGGAGUUUAUGUGCAGUGAAAGGUGAAUAUAUCGGCUAUGAAAGGAGGUGUCCUUUCGGCUCCUGGUGAUUACAUCUACUUCAAGUCUCAAGUUCCUCUUCAUAAGAUCCCUAUUGGAUCAAAGCAGUGGCGAUAUUAUGAUUUUGGCCCGAAAGUAGUUCCCCCACUCAUUUGCCUCCCUGGCAUAGCUGGUACUGCUGAUGUAUAUUACAAACAGAUAAUGUCAUUGUCUAUGAAGGGUUACCGUGUAAUUUCUGUUGAUAUUCCGCGUGCAUGGAACAACCACGAGUGGAUUCAAGCAUUUGAGAAGUUUCUAGAUGCUAUUGAUGUUCAUCAUAUUCAUCUCUAUGGAACAGCCCUUGGAGGCUUCUUAGCACAACUUUUUGCUCAGCAUCGUCCCCGGCGUGUUAGGUCCUUGGUACUUUCAAAUACAUUUGUGGAGACCACUAGUUUCUCAGCUUCAAUGCCAUGGGCUCCUAUUGUUGGUUGGGCUCCUGCUUUUAUACUGAAACGGCAUGUGCUUAGUGGAAUUCGUGAUAGUCCCCAGGAACCCUUUAUUGCAGACUCUGUAGAUUUUGUUGUUUCUCAGGUAAUGUUAAGCUCAGUUUUUUGUUAUAUUACAGCGGUUUUAUGUCAUUCUUACCACAAAUUGUUUGGACAGAAAGCAGCUUUUGCGAAGACAAAUGACUAUUGUGCAACCUCUCAAUCACUCAAAGAUCAAGUGUGUGAAAGGUAUCCUGGCGCGAGAAGGGCAUACUUGAAAAGUGGUGGUGAUUUUCCAUUUCUAUCAAGGCCUGAUGAAGUGAAUCUUCAUCUUCAGCUACACCUGAGACGUGUUGGUGUUGAAGCUCGACCUGACUUGAUCCCUGGUGCCCCAAAGGAUGGUAGUGGUGGAAGUUCCAACGAGCCAAACAACGGAAGAAAGGAUGCUGAUGAUUCAUCAGAAAAUGAUAAAAGAGACUCAGAAACUCCUCCUCCUGCAGAAAGUGCAGAGCCCCCCUUGGCUCCAGAAGCUACUGGUUCUCACGAUUUAGAUAACCAACUCCUUAAGAUGGCCAAACUCUCCGACGACACAGGUGAAUCUGUCUCACCUCCGUUAGAAAAUUCAUUUUUCCGUGACAAGCAGAACUUACUAGUCUCGAGAGCUCUUCUAAACGUCACAUGUGAGUUUUUUAUUCUUAAUAUGCUUCCCCUUUACUUAGGGAACUGUACAUUAACUGGAAAAGUAGCUGCUAUGUAGACACUUGAUGGGAUAGAAAUUUUGUUCUUCAGUUUCGUUUUGUACAUUACGGGUUGGAAACGUGUCAUUGCAAAUACACUAUGAAAUUGAAGACUCAAGUUUGUGUUGGAAAACCUUUAUAUACCAUGUAGCAGUUGUAAAUCUUUCAUAGUCCCAGAAUGUUGGAUUCGAGAAUCUAA